CCACACCCCUGGUGCUUGUCACUCAACGCAGGUACUUGGACCUACAGAAGGGUUUAUACAAAUGUCAACACUACCCCCCAACCACCACGGAGACCUCAUGAAAUCAUCCCAAGUCAACAUGGCUACCACCACCACGACAACGACGACAACAACAACAACAAAGGCCAAGGCUGCCUCCAAAGCCCAGGCCAGUGCCGCUGCCAACCCCAAGCAAAAGACGCAGAUGCAUCGCCGCUCAAGAACAGAUUAAGAAGAAAAAAGUGCGACGAGGGCUCGCCCAUGUGCACUGCCUGCAAGCAUCUUGGCCUGGUAUGCGAAUACAAGCGGCCGAUGUGGUGGAGCAACAACGAUGCGCGGAGGAAGCACAAGGACGACAUCAAGAUGAUCAUCAAGCGCAAGAAGCUUUCCGAGAAGUCAACACACAGCAUCCAGACCUCGGUCAACUCACCGCCAGGUCUCUCUCACUCGCUCCCAACCUCUGCUACCUUCUCCGACCCCUUCGACCGCACCCGAUCGCAGUCGAUUGAUUCGCAGUUUGCUUUCAACUUCAACAGCCCACAAAGCGACUUCAGCUCCUUCAGCGCGCCACAGAUGCACCCCGACUUUUUGUUUGCUCCGUACUCGCCCUAUGAGAUUGACGUCAAGACGGAGAGGCAAAUGUUCAUCAACGACAUCCCAACCCUCAGAGAGUCAACAACAGCCACUUUCAGCACCUACCAGACCCCUCCGCCACCGGGAACAGUCCUCCCCCAGUUCCCUCUGGAAGGCGAAUGGACGGAGCAGGUGUACACGGAGCGGAGGGAGUCAUUGGCCGAGGAGACGCUCAACGUCAACUUCUUUGACUUUGCCCAGGGACCUUCGGUGUCUUCCAGGCAAGUCGCGAUUGAGCUGGACGAAGGCGAUCAGCGCUUGUUUGAUCACUUCAUCUCGUCGGUUCUUCCCACCAUCUUCCCCAUCCUCGAGUCGAACCAGCAUGGAUCCAUCAGCUCCGACCUCAUCCUCCCGGCGCUGGAGAGCAACAAGGGCUACCUGCACUGCUGCUUGAGCAUCGCCGCUCAGCACUACAAGGCCGCCAUGGGUCUUGAGGGUGAGGAGAUUGAUGGCGACAUCAUGCGCCACCGCUACGCGACCAUCUCUGCUCUGUGCGAAGCCCUCGCACGCGACGAGGACCACCAGCAGAUUCUGGAGGCCGCCCUCGGGCUUAUCUUCUUCCAAUGCGGCGUCGGCCGCUUCGACGACACGCUGCCCGACAUUCCCUGGCACCAGCACUUCCAAGCCGCCAUCUCGUUGGUGCAGAAGCUCGACCUCCCGCGCAUCGUCUCGGACCCUAACGAGCCUUUGACUCAGGCCCCCUUCAACAUGACCCUCACCGCGUGGAUUGACAUUCUCGGCGCCACCAUGCUCGGUCGCGCUCCCGCUUUCGCCCACACCUACCGCGAGAAGCACCUGUCUCCCACCAACCCCAGCCUGGGCUUGCGCGAGCUGAUGGGGUGCGAGGACCGCGUCAUGUACCUGAUCAGCGAGAUCGCCUGCCUUGAGGCCCUCAAGAAGGACGGCAUGGAUGACAUCACCCUCUGCCAACACGUCCACGUUCUUGGCGACCAGAUCGGUUUGACCGAGAUGGGCGAUGAUUCAGUCCCGGAUCUUCCCUUCAACGCCAACGGCACCCCUCAACCCCAAGCACCUCUCCUAUAA